GACCAAUUACACAAUUACUAUCAUAUAUUGACAUAAAAUGCGACUCUGGGAACAUCUAAUCAGAUUAAGUGAUCUACGGUGAAGUACUUGCCUGAAAAAGUUUUAAAUCUACGAUUCUAUGGAACACUGACAAAAGAUAUUACAAGUAACAAAAUUGAAAUGGAGAAAGGAUUUGAUGAGGCCAACCUCAAUGCUAGUUAUGCAAUGAGGAACAAUGCUUCUGAUGACAAUUCUACAUCAUUCACAUUUGACCAGCAAUGGAGAUUUACAUUUGGCACCAUCAUCAGUUGGCUGAUAGGAUUCAUAUGUAUAUUUGGAAUAAUUGGCAAUAUUUUAUCUGUGAAAGUUCUUGGUCGACAUAAACAAAUCUCACCAAUGUUUGUGCUGCUAAAGAUGCUGGCGAUAUCAGAUAUGCUGUUUCUAAUGUUUAUGUUCCUACUCCACAUCUUUCCAAUCAUUCUACAUAAGAUUGAUCCGUUCAGUGCGUAUUUCUUUGAGGUGUUCCUUAUAUCUAAGUUCGUGUGGCCAAUGAGCUUAGUGACACAGAUGAGCACCGUGUGGAUAACUGUGGCGAUAUCAAUAGAGAGGUAUAUAACUGUCAAUCAUCCACUACGUCGAUCAGUGAAAAUGGUUACAUCUACCGCAUCUAUCCUUCCAACAACAAUCAGAAUCAAGCGAGCCUCAUUCGCAAUAUUUUUCCUAUCAGCAGUAUAUAACAUUCCACGUUUCUUCGAGUAUAAAGCUGAUCUUAAAGACCUGAGAAAGUCCGAUUUUGGUGACAAUGAAAUAUACAGAUACCUGUAUUGUGCAGCGUCGUACUUUUUGGUAUUAUUUUUUAUUCCUUUAAUACUCAUAAUAUCACUGAACAUACGUGUUGUAUUAGCAUUGAAUGAUGGCCAGAAGAGAUGGGAAAGGAUGAAUUUACGACAAAAGGCAGAUCAUAAACUUACACGAAUUGCUCUAGCUAUUGUUGUGGUUUUCUUCGUAUGUGGAAUGCCAGCACUUGCAGUGAAUAUUUUGGAGGUUCUGAUUGGGCAUUACGAAUAUCACGCUAUACUCACUAGAGUUGCCAAUACUUUGGUUGUGUUCAAUUCAGCUGUGAAUUUUAUGAUAUACUGUCUUCUUGGUAAAAAAUUUAGACGACUUUUAAAAGAUAUGCUGCUACAAUACAAAAACUGCCACAGAAAAAGCAGGAUUAUAUCUCGGGUGAACAGUUAUAACGUGACAAGUAUCAUUCAUUCAUCUUAUGUUUAGUAUAUUUGUGCAAAGUUUCAGCAAAUCAAAAUAUGUGUCAAUUAUUACUAUCUCUGUUGUUUACAUUGCCAGGUAAUUCUAAAAUAUUGAAUCUACUGUAUUUAAUAUGUGGCUUGAAUUACCCCCUUGUAUGAUCUGAUAAGUUUGCUACAAAGACAUUUAAUUAUCAAACCACGAGCAAUUUAAUCGGCAGAAACCACAAAGGAAUUACAAGGCUUCUUUAGUUUCUCUGGUCCAGUGAUUUAAUCAUCUCCACAGUAACAGUCCGACUCGUUGUUCAGAUUUCCAUAUAAGGAAUAUGUCAGUGUCAUUUCUUCUAUACAAGCAUGCCAUCUAUUGAUUAUAAUUAAGUUGACUUCUACAAGUUUGCAGAUAAUAUUGAACUGUUGUACGAGAAAUAUAUGUGGAGACAUCUAUAAAAGCUAUGAUUUAUUGUCAAAGACUGUCAGAGCACACAUCAUAAAUCCUGAUUUUACAUCAAGGAUUUUAAUAUACUCCAAAUCAUACAUAAUGUGUCUCACAC